AUGCGUGGAGCGCGAGUACCGCUGUCGAUCCAAGCCCCGUCGAGCACGACCUGGUUCCCUAACAAUACUACCAAAGUGGUUUACAGCCCCGAGAAUGUGAAUAGUAGGCUAGUCCAAAACUCCGGUCAUACGGGCAUCUCACCAAAGACAGGUGUCAGCCGCCAACAAAAGAAAGCCGUCGACCACGACAAGGAGAGUGGCUUUGUCCCAUGCGCUGAAUUCCUACCGUUGGCUUUGAACGUGUCAGCCUCUAAUAAUCCCCCAACGUGCAUUACAUUUUGCGGAUUUCUAUCGUCGGCAUCCUUCGAAUGCCGGGGGCCACCAGAGUCUGCCAGGGGAGGGGCAAAGAGAAGGGGAGUAAGGAGUCCCAGUGAUCUUGGACGUGUGUCGGAGGGGACCGACCAAGCCCACCAUUGGUAUUCUGACCACUGGAGUGCGAUCAUAACGGUGGGUGGGGGUUUUGUUGUAUACCUGGGAAUGUAUGUGUGUGAUUUUAAUUUGGAAGAUAACCUCGACGAUGGAGAGGAUAUCCUGCUGUCCACCACACUCUUCCAACGCCCAAGUGCGCCGCAUGGUCUACACAUGACUCUCCGGGGUCUACAAUGGAUCCCUUCUGUGGGAAGCAAUUUGCAUUAA